AUGAGUAAAUUGAUUAAAAACUAUUUUGGCGCCUUAGAAGGAGAGAUGGAUUACGCGAGCCAGCAGACUGGUCGUGGUUCCGAUGAUGAAUCAAUCAUUGAACAAGAUGCUGGGGACGUUUGGAGUGAUAACAGCGACGGCACUCGCCUAACUGUAGAGCCUGAAGAUGAAGAUGAAGAUGAAGACGCAGAUGAAGACAAAGAUGAAGACGAAGAUGAGGAUGAAGACAAACACAGUCAUACUGAGUCGUUCUUCAUGUAUGGAAGUGAUGAUGAAAUCUUAUUAAGACCAUUAUUCCAAAAAGUGGAUCUCUUGAUAAAUGAUUUCGCUGAAACAAAUGCAGCCUUCACCAAAGACCAAGUGAAGCGAUACCUUGGAGCACAUGUGUGCUACGAGCAUCACACAAAAUUCAUUGGAGAGUUCAAGCCUCCCCAAGCAAUCAAGACAAAGCUCAGUGGCUGGAGUAUGUAUCAGAAGGAACAUACUCAGGGCAAAAAAAUUCUGAAAUCAGAGCGCAAAGCCCAUUUGCAGCAACUUGGAGCCCAAUGGAAGGCGCUUAGUGCAGAGCAGCAACGGCCAUACAAACUAGAGGCAGAGGAAGAGAAGAAGCGGUCCUCGAACAUUGACAUGUUGGCCAAGUACAAGUCUUUUGAUAGACAUUGGAAACAAUUUCGCAGAAGUGCAGAUUUCUUCAGAGAGAAUUAUCGCACACAUUUGAUGAUUUACCGAGCAACUGACACCAUUUAUGAUAAACUCUACGUACCAUUGUAUCAGCCAAAUUCUGAUGAAUCAAAAGAAGCCUUUAAACAAAUCGAUGAAACGCUGCCAUCGAUGAGUAUCAUCGGUUUUCUGGAAAGAGAGAUGCGAAAAACUCGUAUUACCCCAGGUAAUACGAAGGCUCCCCAUGCUGCUCACACUCCCCAUGCUGCCCACGCUGCCCACACUCCUCACGCUGCCCAUGCUGCUCACACUCCCCAUGCUGCCCACGCUGCCCACACUCCUCACGCUGCCCACGCUGCCCUCACUCCCCUCGCUGCCCAUGCUGCCCUCACUCCCCACACUCCCCACACUGCUACUCGCAGGUAUCCCAAAAUCCUGAAGGACUCUGAUGACGAUUAUGACUCUGAUGGCUCGUUCCAGGAUGGUGAUGAUUCACGAGAGGAUAAUGAAGCACGAGGUUCUCAAAAAAGGCCUGCUGCAGCAAUUUCAACACUGGACGAUACACCAACGAUCGCUGGAUAUUUUGCAGCUAUUGCGCCUGUUCCUUCGAACUUUUCUUCCAAAUCAUCGAAUGCUCUACUGGCUGCCUUUGAUCCGAGCAAUAAUGCCAUUUCAGCUGACCUUGUUCAAAAAUCAAACAAGAAGCUUCGUGGAAGCAAAGAGCAAGAUAUCAAAGAUUUACGAGUCGUAGCCAAAGAUGCCUGGUCAAAGGCAAUUGGCUUGUCUGACGAAAAAAAAGUGGCUCCUAGUUGGAAGAAGGUGUUUACGAAAACUAAAUAUCGUGAUGGUCAUGUGUAUGGUCUCGUUGGAUGGCCAGAGGACUUGCCAUACCCAAAAACAAACCGCAAGGGCAAAGUUGAUCAUGAUAUUGAGGGUUUAUCUACUGAUGAUGCAAAGAGGGUUUUAAAAGGCUUUCGCGAUGGUGUUAUUGACUUUAAAAGGCUCAAUUGA